UUGAAAGUGAAGCAAGCUUUCUGCCCUUUCAGAAGCAGAGGAUUGAAGCAAAAGGAUAAAAAAGGAUAGAGUGUGGGCACAUAAAAACAGACCCCAAAAGAGAACAUGAGCCCUCUGCUUCGAACUAAUCCGCAAACAAUCGAAUCGCUAUGCUACCGUUGCAUAGAAUGAAGAACCACGGGAGCAUCAAUGGUGGCGGGAGGCCAUCCACAGAUGAAGACCAGGUCAACGAAGACGAGGACAUCUCGAGGUUGGCCAUAUCGACUUUGCAGGCUCGGGAAGAAGAGAUCGUGAAGAAGAAGAUGGAGGUGAAGGAGAGAGUGGAACUUCGGUUGGGGCGUGCCGAGGAAGCUACGAGGCGGUUAGCUCAGAUUUGGGAGGAGCUGGAAGAGCUAACAGACCCCUUGAGGAAGGAAGUUGCGACCGUUCGCAAGAAGAUCGACAUGAUCAUUCGCGAGCUGAAGCCGCUUGGACAGAGUUGCCAGAAAAAGGAAAAGGAGUACAAAGAAGCCAUGGAAGCUUUCAAUGAGAAGAGCAAGGAGAAGGCUCAACUAAUGGCCACACUAAUGCAGCUUUUAUCUGAGAGUGAGCAGUUGAGGAUGAAGAAGCUGGAGGAGCUCAGCAAGAAUGUGGAGUCUCUGCGUUGACAUAUGAAGAUGCUUCCUUUCCUGAUAGAAGUGAUCAAGCUAUGCUCAUUUUAAUGCUUCAUACGGUUGUUUUUAUCUGAUCUCACAAGUAAGUAUUUGAACGUUUGUCUUAAUGAAUGAAUAUGUAGGGAGUGAACAAGUGUAUUUGAAACAUUCGAAAGCACACUGAGUUGUGUAUUUGUACAAGUGUA